AGAUAGAUUGAUGAAGUAUGAAGAAGAAAAAAGACAACAAGUUUUUGAACAGUGAAAGUUAAAUUUGAAAAAGAGAGAUAAAGUAGAGAGAGAGAGAGAGUUAAUGCUAUGAAAUUUUGGAGACGUUGCGUGCGGGCAAUGUCAGCUUCUUAGCCUCGGCCUUUGCAAAACCCAAUACUGUGUUCUGUUCCCUUUUCCUAAUAACGACGAGGUGCAGCGCAGCAUUCCCUCAUUUUGAAAUGGAUUUUUCAUUUUCCAUUUCAAAAUGCUUUAACCCAUUUCUUUAAUUCAGCUCAACCAACAACAAUCACACUCACCGGUCGAUCCAUUUUGAAUGGGCUGCCAAGCUAAGCUCUACCAUUUCUUUGACUCUUAACCCUUUUGUUGUUCCAAUCUAAACCCGACACACGCCCAUUCCUUCUUCUUUCUCUUUCCAUUUCCUUUUGGGGCCAACCAUUUCUGCAAUUAUUGGGUUGUUCAGCGGCGUUAACCUCAUUUUUUCGCCAUCUCCACCUUCCCCUGCUGUUUUCUGGUCGAUCACUCUCGUACCCUUCAAUUUUUUCCAUCUGGAGAUGAUUGUAUGAGUACCAUAAUAGAAUUCAGAGAGAAGGGGAUGUAUCAGCAACCCAAGUCAAGGGAAGAACAUGCUUCUUCUGCAGCCAGCUUCUGCAAAGAAGUGACCGAGUUGCGCCUUACAUCGAUAGAUUCUCAACCAGCAACUUCUCGUCCUGAGUUCAAAGGUGUCACUUUCAGGAAAGCUUCAACUGGUGGCUUUGCUAGGAGUCGUAAUGAUGUACACGAGCUACUUGAUUGUACUGUUUGCAUGAAUUUAAUGCAUCCUCCAAUUUACCAGUGUGCAAAUGGCCACACUCUUUGUUCAAGCUGCAAGGCAAGGGUUCAGAAUUGCUGCCCUACCUGUCGGCAUGAGCUUGGGAACAUAAGGUGCCUAGCACUGGAAAAGGUGGCCGAGUCCCUUGAGCUCCCUUGUGUGUACCAAAACCUAGGUUGCAUUGACAUGUUCCCAUACUACAGCAAGCUUAAACACGAGAAGAAUUGUAAAUACCGGCCGUACAACUGCCCUUACGCUGGAGGUGAAUGUCAUGUAACUGGUGACAUUCCAUCCCUUGUCAUGCAUCUCAAGGAUGAUCACGAGGUGGAUAUGCAUGAUGGAUGUUCCUUCAGUCAUAGAUAUGUCAAAUCCAAUCCCCAAGAAGUUGAAAAUGCCACAUGGAUGCUAACUGUUUUCAACUGCUUUGGACGACAAUUCUGUUUGCACUUUGAAGCAUUUCGCCUAGGAACAGCACCUGUUUACAUGGCAUUCCUCCGGUUCAUGGGUGACGACAGCGAGGCAAAACAGUUCUCAUACAGUCUUGAAGUUGGUGGAAAUGGAAGAAAACUCAUCUGGCAAGGUAUUCCAAGAAGUAUUCGCGACAGCCAUCGGAAGGUUCGAGACAGUCAUGAUGGACUAAUUAUUCAGAGGAAAUUGGCAUUAUUUUGCUCUGGAAACGAGGGGAUGGAACUGAAGUUAAAGGUUACAGGACGAAUAUGGAGAGUGAGGUGACAACAACAAAUGAAUAUUCAUCUAUCAAACUCAAAACUUGUACAAUAUGUUGUGACAUUGUGACCUUUGUACAUGCCUCGGCCCUCCUACAAUUCAGCCUUUUUUUAGAACCUCUUAUUUCUUCAUCA